AUGGCUGCUAUACCCGAGAAACCAAACUCUUCCGACGACGGCGCCGAGCCCCGAGUGAGCCAUGCGAGUGUCCUGGACGACGGCGUCGGCAACCUCCGCUUCGACCAGUACACGGCCGGAGGACUGGGCCGCCAUCUCGGCGUCGUCAGCACAACUUUUCUCAUUGUCGGCCGCAUCAUCGGGACGGGCAUCUUCUCGACGCCGUCGGGCAUCGUCGCCGGCGUCGGCAGCGUCGGCGCCUCCCUGCUCCUCUGGGUGCUCGGCCUGCUGCUCGCCAUUUCCGGUCUCUGCGUCUGGCUCGAGUUCGCCUGCCUGAUUCCGCGCAGCGGCGGCGAAAAGGUCUACCUCGAGGCCGCCUACAGACGACCCAAGAUGCUCAUCACCACCGUCUUUGCCGUCCAGGCCAUUGCUCUGGGCUUUACCGCCUCUGGUUGCAUCAUCUUUGCCUCCAACAUCGUCAUUGCCGCCGGUCGCGUCGCCACCGAGUGGGAGAAGCGCGGCAUCGCCAUUGCCGUCAUUAUCCUGGUCACGCUCGUCCACACGUUUUUCCCCAAGCUCGGCGUGCACGGCAUGAACUUCUUCACCAUUCUCAAAAUCGCCCUGCUGCUCUUCAUCGUCGUCACCGGCUGGGUGGUGCUCGGCGGCGGCGUCGCCAGCGUGCCGGACCCCCACGCCAGCUUCCGAGACGCCUUUGCCAACUCGGCGCAGUCGGGCAAUCCCUACGCGACGGCGCUGUUUAAAGUCCUCAACUCGUAUGCUGGUUGGUCCAACGCAAUGUAUGUCCUCAACGAAGUCAAGAACCCCAUCCGGACAAUCAAAAUUGCCGGGCCGCUUGGGCUGUCCAUCUGCGGCGUCCUCUACCUCCUCGCCAAUGUCGCCUACUUUGCCGCGGCCACGCCCCACGAGGUGGCGCAGAGCGGCACGACCGUCGCCGCCUACUUCAUGGGCAAGGUCUUUGGCGUCGCGGCCAAGCGCGCCCUCAGCGUGCUCGUCGCCUUGUCCGCUCUGGGCAACGUCAUGACGGUCACAUUUGCCCAGGCGCGCGUCAACCAAGAGCUGGCCAAGGAAGGCGUCAUCCCAUUCCCUCGAUUCUGGGCGUCCAACUGGCCGUUUGGCUCUCCUUCCACCGGACUGAUCCUCCACUUUAUCCCGUCCUUCAUCGUCAUUGUCGCCAUCCCCUUUGGAAACGCAUACAACUUCAUCCUCGACCUCGAGGGCUAUCCCGGAUCCGUCAUCAGCUUCCUCGUCGUCGCGGGCCUCUUCUACCUGCGCUUCAGCGAGCCCGACACGCCUCGUCCGUUCAAGGUGUGGUGGCCUGUGGCUGGCUUCUUCAUGCUCGGCCAGGCGUUCCAGCUGGUGGCGCCGUUUCUUCGCCCACCUGGCGGCAAGGGAGACACGCCGCCGCUGCCCUACUGGCUGUACUGUGUUGUGGGAAUCGCCCUCCUGCUCUUGUCGGUGGUGUACUGGUUUGUCUGGUGGGUGGCUGCGCCCAAAAUCGGCAAAUACGAGCUGGUUCCGCACAAUGAGCCUUUGGCCGAUGGCACAAAUGUCAUUGUCUACCAUCGGGUGCCUAGAAAGUUUGAGGACUCUUGA